AUGGGUGGAGGGGGGCGAAGUUAUGGAAGCGACGCGCGGGACAGCAUGAUGGGAGGGAGGAGGAGCACGAGGAAGGCAACGACUAUAGCAGCAGGGACAGCAGCUGCAGCUGCCCUCCUUGUCGUUGUGGUCACUUUGAUCGCUGGACCCGGUGGUGAUGGGAGGAAUGUUCUAUCUGGUCGUUUGGGCAACGACGCUGGUCCCUCCUCGCGUUGGGAAGGAAGCAACUUGCCCUACGGAGUUGCUGUCUCCCCUAGGGAAGCUCAGACAGGCUAUGGAGCACCGGGCUGGGAGCCGGGGCCCGACUAUUAUUCGACAGCCAACUGGGACAAUGCUGCGCUGAUGCCGUCCCUCAUGCAUCCUCGGUAUGACCCCUACAUCGGCAAGACUGGAUGCCCGACAUGCAGCCCUGAGAAGAAGACCUACAUGUUCUCCGUGGACCCACGAUGUGACAACUCACCGGCUAACUACAACAUCCGCCAGAUAUUGAAGAUGGAUGAAUGGUGGAAAUCUGACCCAGCCGUGCAGGCAGCUAUCUAUCAGGAGUAUUCGUGGAUUGGAGCGCAAGUGGGACUUUUCAUGCAGAAAUCCAAGGAUGUUGUCAUGGUUGUCCCUCCCUGCUUCUUCCCCCGCCUUGCCAACGCCGAGCUCAACAUGCUCAACACAGCCGUUUAUGGGCUUGGGGGUUCUCUGCUGAUUCUCGGAGGGCUGACGGGAGCCGACUUCAUCUCUCAGAAUCUAGAGGGAUCUGAUGGGUACGGCUACGUCGACUCCGCCGGGUCGGACAUGGUGAACUUCAGUCCCAAGUUUGACAUUGACUGCGUCUGGUCGGGGGGACCAUUCUAUAUGCAGAACUCGGCGAUAUCAACGGAGUUCUUUUAUGGUCCCAAGUACCUGGAGGGUUCUGACAGCACCUGGGGCAUUCCUGUGAAUCAGCUGCCGCCUGAGACGAUCCAUUACUACAUGUCCGCUGAUGAGGUCUCGAUUGUGUUCGAGAUCCCAGCAAAGAGCGGCAGGAUCUUGUUCAUGGGCUACGAUUUCCAGCAGAUGCUUCCUAACUGGAUGGAUGCUCUGCUUCUCGCAAGGAGAGAGCUCCAGAUCGAGGCUCAGUACCCUCCUGGGAUGUCCCGUUACUCAUCGUCGUUCUCAACGCGAACAUCGAACAGCUUGAAAGCUCCGCUAUCGUCUCAUGUGCAGUUGGCCAGGGUUGUAGCCAAGGAUGGGGCUUCAGAUCAGAGGAAGUCUUCGGUUCCCGACAAGAAGCGUAAGGUGAAAGGGAGGGGAAAGGAUGCAUUGGACAGAGAAAUCGAAAGAUCUGUGGACAAGUUGAUGGCAAAGAGGGGCAAGUAG